GCUCGGUCGUCGUUAUGUGACUGCUCACUUUGCUUUAGCGUUGGUUAGAAUAACCUACAUGUUUACACGUUGCUCUAAAUUGUCAAUCUUUACUUAUAUAUAUAUCUGUAUUAGAUUACACAUAUACGUGGGAUAUAUACCUGCACCGUAGCAACUGCGCACUAUUUCCCACACUACAGGACUCUGGGAGAGUUGCAGAGAACCCAGCUUCAAUCAGGAGCAACUGUAGCUGCCGUGAGGUAUCCAUGGGGACCAGGAGGGUGUUGGUGACAGGCUGUUCCUCUGGGAUCGGGAUGGCUGUGGCUGUAAGACUGGCCAAGGAGAAGGGAUUCAAAGUGGUUGCCACCAUGAGGGACCUAGAGAAGCGGGGACCCCUGGAGAGAGUGGCUGGGGACACCCUGGACAGAUCCCUGGAGAUCAGACAGUUGGAUGCCUGCUGUGAAGACUCCAUCAGAGAGUGUGUGGACAGCCUGCAAGACAGACAGGUGGAUGUACUCGUGAGUAAUGCAGGUGUAGGGAUGAUUGGGCCGUUGGAGUGUCAAAGUAUGUCUGACAUGCAGGGGCUCUUCGACACCAACUUCUUUGGCUUGGUGCGGCUGGUGAAGGAGGUCCUGCCUGAUAUGAAGCGACGUCGAAGCGGACAUAUUGUGGUGAUGAGCAGCAUCAUGGGCAUUCAGGGGCUACUCUUCAAUGAUGUCUACUCUGCUUCAAAGUUUGCUGUGGAGGGGUUCUGUGAGAGUCUAGCAGUACAAGCCAUGAAGUUCAGUGUGAAAAUGACACUAGUGGAGCCUGGUCCGGUGGGGACAGAGUUUGAGAGGAAGGUGUACGAGGACGCUGAGAAGAUGGACCUCGCGGGGGUAGACGAGGAGACUGCUAGGAUCUUCCGUGAGAUCUACCUGCCCUACUCUAGGAAGGUGUUCAACUCUCUCGCACAGACACCCGAGGAAAUAGCAGAGCAAACACUUCAACUGAUCACAGCGAAGGAGCCUCCGUUUCGCCACCAGACCAACCGUGUGUACAUGCCCAUGACUGCCCUGAAGCACGCAGACCCUACCGGUCGUCUACCCCUGGACACCUUUUAUAAGCUGUUGUUCAAGCACGACAGUCUAUUCACUGCCAGUCUGGGGCUGCUGCGCAUGUUGCAGAAGAGGGCAGGGAAGAGCUCCAAAUGAGCAGAAGGUUGGAGAGACAGAGUGAAUAACCUAGUGAGGAGAGAUAGGGGGAUAGAGAGACUAGAAGGUUGGAGAGACAGAGUGAAUAACCUGGUGAGGAGAGAUAUGGGGAUAGAGAGAGCAGAAGGUUGGAGAGACAGAGUGAAUAACCUGGUGAGGAGAGAUAUGGGGAUAGAGAGAGUAGAAGGUUGGAGAGACAGAGUGAAUAACCUGGUGAGGAGAGAUAGGGGGAUAGAGAGAGCAGAAGGUUGGAGAGACAGAGUGAAUAACCUGGUGAGGAGAGAUAUGGGGAUAGAGAGAGUAGAAGGUUGGAGAGACAGAGUGAAUAACCUGGUGAGGAGAGAUAGGGGGAUAGAGAGAGCAGAAGGUUGGAGAGACAGAGUGAAUAACCUGGUGAGGAGAGAUAUGGGGAUAGAGAGAGUAGAAGGUUGGAGAGACAGAGUGAAUAACCUGGUGAGGAGAGAUAUGGGGAUAGAGAGAGCAAAGGUUGGAGAGACAGAGUGAAUAACCUGGUGAGGAGAGAUAUGGGGAUAGAGAGAGCAAAGGUUGAAGAGACAGAGUGAUUAACCUAGUGAGCAGAGAUAUGGGGAUAGAGAGAGCAGAAGGUUGGAGAGACAGAGUGAAUAACCUAGUGAGGAGAGAUAGGGGGAUAGAGAGAGCAGAAGGUUGGAGAGACAGAGUGAAUAACCUGGUGAGGAGAGAUAUGGGGACAGAGAGCAGAAGGAGUGAGUCAUUGAGUGACUCCAGUCUGCAGUGCAAGCCCCCUUUUCUUUUCUGCUAGUCAUGUUUGUGUAUAGAAACAACAAAAGAUUACUGUUGAGACCUUCCUGAUAGAUCCUUAGUAAAAGAUGCACGCCUCAGACCAACACGAUUCCUUAUGAACAUUCUCUAACCACUCCUUAAACUAUCAAUGACUGUGCUCAACAAAGAUGAGACUUUGACAAGUUAAGGACUGAUGUUUGUUGGCCUCUAAUCAAACCGGAUAACCUAGCCGUACGGACUAAGGGUUCAAUGUGUCUCAGAAAUCUGGACUCCUUCAACUGUUCCUUCAGCUUUUAGAGGAUAUUAGUGCGUUACAACUGUAUUUUAACAGUAUAAUGAAGGUUUACGUUAAGACUGGCAACACUUCAAUAAAACGAGACAAAGCUUU